CCUAGAACCACCACUCAAAACCCCCACCUCUCCUCUAUCUCUCUCUCUCCCUCUCCCACAUACACUUCACUUUUGGUUCCAUUUCUUCACACCAGCAUGAACAACCACCACAGCAGCAGCCCUCUUCUUAGCAGUUGGGCUUACUACUGCCAAGGAAAGAGCAUGGAAGAGUUGAGGCAGUCCCUUUUGUACACAACCGUGGAGCUUGAGCAAACAAGAGCAGCAGUUCAAGAGGAGCUAAGAAAAAGAGAUGAUCAGAUAUCCCAUCUCAAAGAUCUGCUCCAAAAAGCCAUCAGAGAAAGAGAUGAAGCCCAAGGCAAGUGCCAAAGACUCCUCCUUGAAAAACUCCUCCAACAAACCCAGCAGCAGCAACACCAGCAAACCCAGCAGAAUCAGCAAACAGCUCCUCUCUCUGGAAUUUCAAGCAUUGAAGACGAACCCAGAAGAGGAAUCGACUCUAACAAUGGCUUCUCCUCCUCAGAUUGUGAAGAAAGCAUUGUUUCUUCCCCAGUUAUUGACCCAAUUCAGCAAACCCAGCAGCUGCCACCACGACCAUCUUUGCCACACCCAUCAGUGGAGCUGCUGCCUGAAAAGGGAAAGCUUUUGCAGGCUGUGAUGAAAGCCGGUCCAUUGCUUCAAACCCUACUUCUGGCAGGCCCUCUGCCGCAGUGGAGACACCCGCCGCCGCCGCUGGAGUCGUUUGAGAUCCCCCCUGUGACCAUUCCUUCACCACCACCUCAACCACCAUUGCACACCCAGCUCCAGCACCAAGACUCCUCCAACGUUAACUGCGGCAUAGUAAACAGAAAGAGAGUCCUCUGUGAUGGCUCUGCCUCUCCUCCAGAGACCAAGUUCCAAAGGGUUGCCCUCCGCUGACUCUGCAGCUGCUGCUUCAGAUUAUUAGUAUUAAUCUAUCCCUUAUUUUUACAGUUUGAUAUUUUAAAAAAUUAAUACAACUAAAAGGUUAGUGAGGAUGAAAACAAAACCAUGAAUUUCCAAAAUUUCAUUUGGGUUUUUGUGACCGAUCCAUCUAGCAUUUGUACAGAGAGAGAGGUUUGUUUCCAGGUUAACUCAGUGAGAGAAGGCAGUAAAAAAUUCAGAGAGCUUUGUUUGUUUAUUGGGGGUUUAAAUUUGCCUAUUUUCUUUUUAGUCAUUCACAUUCUAUUUUGGUCCAUAAUGUGAAAGGGGACUUGGAAUUUUAUCCAAAUUGUUGUGGGAUGGAAAAUGUGACUCUGAUUCUAGUUCAGUAAAUUAAGUUGAUUGUGUUUGUGUCUUGGUCGGACGGAUAACGCGUGUCGGAAGCUCUGCCCCGGGAUUUCUGUAGAGUGAGACGAGCAAAUCAAACACUAAGAUUGUAGGUGUGGAGUUGUUGUAUUUUUGGAGAAGAUGGGUGGUGUGGCCAACAACCAGAAAGGUUAAGAGCCCUGCUUGUCGGUUUGAGUGGAACCCAAAAAUCAGAAUCAGGAUCUGCUACUGGUGUGAUGUAUGAUUAUAUAUAUUUACAACAUAUAUAUAUAUAUAUAUAUAUAUAUAUAUUUGGGGGGAAGCAUGAUUGUUCAAGUCCAAUCCCCAUGUUGAAUUCUCUCAACAUCAA